AUGUCUGCACACACACCAACCGCAACAGAUUCGCAAUCGUGGCUGUCGCAAAGCGAUUUGCUCCAUCUACUUUCAACUAUGACGCCAAACAUCGAAGCAUCGCCUCUGGUGGCCAGUACAAGCAGCUUGCCCAUGCAUCUUGCCGAGAAUAGCUUUGAUACAAUUGCCCCAUCCAUUGCAUCAGACACAUCAACUCCUUCGGGCGAUAACGACAUUCUCUCGCAAUAUUGGCACCCUUGCACACAAGAAGAAACGAUUGGUGGCUGUCUUAAUGCUUUCCAGUUUCCAGCGUCCUAUCGUGACCUAGUUUAUCGGUGGGAAGAAGCUGGUUCUCCUCCCUUGCGGUCUUUGCGUGUGCCGCUUGGCUUACGCAUCGAAGCAAGCGCCCCCCUCGCCAACAGCCACGAAAUUCCUGACUUGCACACCAUCACGGAACUUCAAGAGCGUGCAGUCAUUGGCGCUACCGAAGAUUACUUUCGACAAGGCUGUAUGCCACGGCGGAGUCAAUUGUUCGUCGACUUUGCCUCUUACUUAGAUAUCUACACUUCCCUCCAUGUCGAAUUGAUGGCCAUGAAAGAAGAGUGGACAGUCCAACAACAAGCCAGCGCUUACCAAACCACCUGGCGUCGUCUUCUGGAUGCAUUCGAUAGCGAUCGAUCAAAGUGCACAUUGCGCGAGCCACAUGAAUGUCUUCACCAUCUUCUUUGGGGCGAGGUGUCUGCAUGGCCGGUAGCUGAAAUCAUUCGCUGCUUCAAGGCAUACAAGAUGCAAUCUCCAUCAACGAGAUCGCACUUGUCUACUUCAGCGCCGACUUCCCCAUUAUUUAAUGGACAUUCUCGUAGCGCUUUCGUGCAAGCUUGGGCAGAGGGAAUCGACAUGUCACCGACACCACCCCUCUCGAGCUGCAGCAGUACCAGCAGCACCAGCAGCAAAAGGAUCAAAGCCUUCGGCCUUUCCCCGGUCAUGCACCAGUCAUCAUCAACACACAGUUCACCAGUCAACAUACCCCCGACAAGCGCACCCUGUCGCGCGAUCUCGCCACCCUCCACACUUCCAGACGUCAAGCCAUGGCCCGAAUCAACAACCAUCCUACAAUCACUUCAAGACGUGACAGUCGGUCCUAGUUGCCUCGCCGGACUCCAACAAGCCACGUACCGUCGCCACUCUCGUUCGUCGAGCUAUCCAGAAUCAACUCAACUAUGGCAGCUUCAAAGUGGCUUUCCCUCAUCGCAAUCCGACGGAUUGCUCACUACGCCUGCUGCUGGAUCUCCUCAGAGUGAUGACGCUUCAUUGCUUCUCACUCGGUAUCCAGGUGACCUUCAGACUCUUCACAAUCAGCUGCCAACGGCAGACGCUAUCGACAAAGGUCAUCACCAGUCUCUUCCAGCGGCAUUGGUGAGACAGCACCAUUCGCUUUUGCUUCAGGACGCUGCAGUCCAGCUCGACAUGGCAGCACAGCUGCUCAGUGCAAAGGCAUCUCGGUUGCGUAACUGCUCGACUGAUCAAGAGCAGUGGCAUUCGUUUCAAGGUGAGACACUUUACAGCCCAGCUAUGCGACGCCCCCACGCAGUCCAUUCCGCGAUAUAG